UUUUGUGUUUCAGCUGCGGCAGCUCCCGUGAGGAUGCAGAAAGAGCGGCUGCCCGGCCAGACACCGACCGCGGGAAUGCGCCCGGAGGAGGAGGAAGAGGAGGAUUAAAAGAGCCCCCCCACCCCAGUCCCAUUUCUCUUCCCCUGGCCCCCCAAACCCCCCUCCCGCCCCGUCCUUCCCCGGUCGUGUCCCCCUUCUCGGCCAUCAUGAACACCAACGUGUGCGUGGAGAGCGGCCCCAACCCCGAGGCACCGGGGCUGCCCAAGGACAGCCACCUGCCCGAGGGGGCCCUCAACAGCCUUGUGGAUUACAACUCGGAGAUGGAGAGGUACCGCUCGUUCGCCACCUUCUACAAGACCAACGGCGGUGCCUUCCCGCAGGCGGCCAAGAUCGCCCGUAUCACCACCCCCAUCUUCCCCAGCGCCGCCGCCGCCGCAGCCGCCCGCAUCGGCAUGUCCCCCUGGAACUGCGACACCGCCACGGCCGCCGCUGCCACCGCCAUGCUCUGGGGCAGCAGCGGCGGCGGCGGCGGCGGCGCGGCGGGCGGCGCGAGGAAGCCCUCCUCCGCCGCCUCCGCCUCCGCGGCCGCCGCCGCCUCCUCGCUGCACGCCGGCAGGGGCGGCAUGCAUCACCGGAGCGACUCGCAGCGGCUGGGCAAGCCCGGCUGCCCGCCGGCCGAGCAGCCCGCCCUGCCCAUGGCCAACGGCAACUUUCUCUCCACCCUCUCCCCCGAGCACUGCCGGCCGCUGGCCGGCGAGUGCAUGAACAAGCUCAAGUGCGGCGCCGCCGAAGCCGAGAUCAUGAACCUCCCCGAGCGCGUCGGCACCUUCUCGGCCAUCCCAGCGCUGGGCGGCCUCUCCCUGCCCCCCGGGGUCAUCGUCAUGACCGCCCUGCACUCCCCCGCCGCGGCCUCGGCCGCCGUCACAGACAGCGCCUUCCAGAUCGCCAACCUGGCGGACUGCCCGCAGAGCCACGCCUCGGCCUCGCCCGCCUCCGCCCUAGGCGCCGCCGCCGGCGCGGGGGGCGGUGGAGGCGGCGGCGGUGGCGGAGGCGGCGGCGGCGGCGGAGGGGGGGUCGGCGGCACCGGCGGCAGCGGGGCCGGGGCCGGGGCGGGCAAUCCCGCCAAGAAGAAGCGGAAACGCUGCGGGGUGUGCGUGCCCUGCAAGCGGCUCAUCAACUGUGGAGUCUGCAGCAGUUGCAGGAACCGCAAAACGGGACACCAGAUCUGCAAAUUUAGGAAAUGUGAAGAGCUUAAGAAAAAACCGGGCACUUCGCUAGAGGUCAGAGGAGAUGAUUUCUUUUUCCCCAGCCUCCCGCCGUCCCUCCUCAACCCCCUGCCUCCCCCCCUCCAGUGCUUCUUGUCUAGCUUCAAGAUGCAGCAUCCCUUUUCCGAGGCCUCCUUCAGGCUCUGAGGGUGCCCCCCCGGCGCGGGCGCACCCCCCUACCCUCACCCCCCACCCAGGCUCCCUCCCCGACUCUCAGCGGCGCUGCGGCGCCGCCGUUCGCCCGCCCCUCUCCGCCCCGCAGGGAAUAGAAACGCCGCCCCCCGCGGCACCGAGCUGGGCCCUGGCCACGGUCGCCGGCCCCCGCCGAGGAGGGACGGAGCGGAGCGAGAGCCGCCCCCGCGGGCGCCCCUGCCGCGGGCCGCUGCGCCCGGCCUUGUCCGACCCGGGGCCCGGGUGGGGAGCAGCGGCCUCCGCCCCACCAGCUCCUGGCCGUUACGAGACACCGCUCGCCUGUUGUUACCUGCCGUGCUGUUUCUGUCAGACUGCUGCUGGCUGUCUCUGGGUCCCUUUUCCUUAUUCUCUCUUUCUAACGGUGAUCAUGGCGGUGUGGGUUGGUGUGUAAGGGAUGGGGAGGUGGGAAGGGGAAAGUUUUAGCUGAACGCCUAGCCCCCGCCGUCGGAAGUUGGGGGAAAAGUAAUGGCGAGUUCAUCUCCAGGUUGGCAGGUAGCGCUUUGUCCAAGACGGACAGCUGGCCGCAGAGCCCGGUGGUCGUUGAGACGUGCCCAAGUAAUCUCUUUGGCAAUAUUUUUACAAGAUAACCCACUCACGGUGUUCGAAACACAAUGGAACAUAGCACAGGUAUGACUGACCUCUGACUGCACUGUUCAUUUUUAGGACGUGUCCUCAGACCUGGCAAUGUGUUGCCUUUCCCAAAGCAUGAGGACAGGUGUUCGGGUUUGCUAGAAGUACAAGCGACAGGCAGGCUCCCACGCCGCAGGCAUUUCAGUUAGUGCGUUGGGUAUGACAGACAAUGGGGACCAAAAUACACACCGGGAGGAAGACGGCUGGUACCGGUAGGUGAAGGAAACAAGUGAGAGGAAGGACUAGGAAUCAUCCUCAGUCUCUUGUCAUUAUUAAAAUUGUGUGGCUGGUUAGGCGUACACAUCAGGUGCAUCUGAAGCUGUUGAGGGUGAUGGAUUUAGU